AUGGCGGAAGAACUAGGUUCCAUCGAAGUGCUUUUUAACGAAGCUAACAGUAAAUUAUUCAAUAUUAUUCUCACGAAGGAUAAAGAUCGCUUGGCCAGGGAUUUAGAAAUUUGUUUUGAUGAAAAUAAAGAAGUUUUGUUUGAAUUUGUCAGUGACAAUAAAUAUAAAAUUACAAUACAUUACAACAAAUCGAGAUCUAAGUACGAAGACGAUGACGAUUUGAAGACGAGACUGCUCAAUUAUACGAGCACGUGGAAAAGCUGUUCUUCCACUCCCAGCCAAAAUAAAAUUUUGUUUCUAAAGAGUACAAUAGGGGAAUCAUACAUACGUAAAUUCAACAGUGAACCGAUCAUCAUUGGUUCUGACGUCAAAGUUAGAAAAGAUGGUGGCGAUGUUGAUUGUGGGGUUGGGGUAAAGACAUUUGCAUGUUUAAUUCUUCACGAGGAAUCUUACACUCUGGCAGUGGUCCACAAAAAUAGUUACAACAGCUUUAAAAGUAAACUAAACAAUGACAUACAUGAGGAACAUGUUAAACUUGUAGAUGAGAAUGCCAAAAAGUUGAUAGAGUGUGAGAAAUUGAAGUCAUUAGCAAGAGGUUUUGAAGAGAAAGUCUACAUGACAGUCUCAUCUGAUGAAAUUGUCUUGGUUGGAGAUGUUAGUAAUGUUACUAAUCUGAAACACAAGCUUGAAAAUUUUUUUGAAAAUGAAUCAAACUCCAUUGAAGAAAUCCAAAUAACAAGAGGGCAGUACCUGCUUUUAAGUAAAGAUUAUGACAGAAUUCUACCAGAAAACAUAGAGUUGACACUCGCUGAAGACUGCAUCACGCUGAAGGGCACCAAAUUCCAACUACAAAAUGCUGAAAAAAUAAUCAAAGAAAACUUCAUUCAAAAAUAUAAAAGUCAUUCUUUUGAUGUUUAUGAAAGAGGUUUAAAAGUGGAUUCCUUCGAUAAAGAUAACGGUCCGGCGUAUGACCACAUAGCUCUAAUUGAAUCUCGUUACAAAUGUGCUUUUGAAAUUGCUGGCAAAAAAGUUGACCAACCGGACAUAGAUGGCUUUUCAACUUUAUUUGGAUCUGACCAACCAGUCAGCAGCGGCGAUGAUAAUGAUGACCACAAAGAGGAGGAUGAUGACGAAGACGAUGAGGGUGAUGAAAAAGAUGACGAUUAUGAUGACGCUUAUGACGAUGAUAAUGACGAUGAUGGUGAUGACGACGAAGACGAUGAGGGUGAUGACGACGAAAAAGAUGUUGGCGUUAACAUUGCUAGCCAGUCCUCACCAACUUCAUUUCAACCUGUCAUAAAAGUUUUAAAUGGAAGUAUUGUUGAGUGCAAGAAUUCGGAUAUUCUAGUAAAUGUCUUGUGCGAGAAGAACCCAGUCAACUUAUCAAACAGUAGGUCGGGAGUCAUAUGCAGAUCAUUUCAUAGUGCCCUCGGCAGCCAACUUUAUGAUGAUUUGAAGGCCCAGGGUUUCCCAACUGAAUUUGGUUCAGAGCCAGCCAUCACUGAUGCACUGAAAUACAAAACUGUGGAUUGUAAAUGGUUAUAUCACAUCUACAUGGAACGUUUUAAAGGGACAGAACAGUAUAAUUCGUUGAAAGGUUGCAUUUUGAAAUGUCUUGAAAAUGCGAAGGCACAAAACUGCAAAAAUAUUGCAUUUCCUACUUUGGGAUGUGGGAAAUUGAACUAUAGUGCUCGGGAAGUUUGCACGGCUUUCGUAGAAGCUGCUAAAGAAUUUAAAUACCCCAUCGAGAUUAAAAUCCUGACGACAUGUGCCAAGACAGAGAAUGUUUUUAAAGAAACAUUGACGAAGAAAAAUGCUCUAACCUCAAAUUCAAAAAAAUCUCACAAGAGCAGUAAAAGUUGUCCAAGAAGAGAUGAGAUGAUGAUAGAAUUCACGAUCCACACAUUGUUUGCAGAAGAUAGCAUCAAGAUUAAAGACAUUGAGAAUGCUGUAAGAGCGAAGUUGAAAUCUAUCUGUGGCUGUUUGUCCAUUGAACAUGAUGUCUUUUCGUGUCUCGGCGAGCUCUCCCAAUUUUUCAAGUCGAAACUCGCCCAACUUACUUCAGCAGCUGAUAUACAAAAUGGUCAGCUGACGAUAUACGGUCUAAGUAGUGAAUUGGUGAAGUUGAAAACCGAAGUUCAGAGACUGUGUGACUGGGAGAGUAGACGUUUAAACGAUUUGGACAACUUCAAAAAGACCAAAGGACCCAAGGCCUAUUAUUUGAAGGUGGUCAAAUUGGGCAGUAUAAUAUAUCCUUCUUAUUUUAAGUGCUCUGACAAGGCAGAUCUUAGCGAAACAAAAAUUCCUUUGAACAAAAAUGGUAGAAGGUAUAAGGCAAUAUCUGAAAUGGUCCUGCAAACUUGGGAUGCAAAGCUCGUUGGGAAAGGAGCCGAUGCCAUAGGAUUGGGACAUAAACAAAUUUCAAUCAAGCACAUUUACCUCAAUGAGAAUUUAAAUUUUUAUAAACACUACUGGACUGCUAAAAAAGGGCACAUGGAGAAAUUUCAGCACUCGGACAAACCAUACCCUGACCUUUCAGUGAACAAGCCUAAAACCUGUGAUUUCGGACCAUAUUUGAAUGGAUUGCUGGAUAAAGAACUGAAUGAAGUCUACUUGUUUCAUGGCACGAAGGAAAAAAGCGUCAAAGUCAUCUUGCAUUCUGGCAUUGAUAGCAGAUUCUCAUCUGAUAAGGCUCUAUUUGGUAGUGGAGCUUAUUUCGCUGAGAGUUCUACGAAAGCUGACCAGUAUGCUGACGAUAAGAAGGCGAGGAAAGCUGCUGGGACGCCGAUGUUCAUGUUCCUCUCUCGAGUUCUUCUAGGUAGUGCCUAUGUUUGCACGUCAGCCCACAACUUCAAGAAACCACCCUGCACCCACCAAACCUGCUCGCUCUUGGACAACUGUGCAACCCAUCCCUUUCAUGAUUCAGUCAUUGGCACACACAAACAACCGGAUGAUCAACUAUUGUUCAAAGAAUAUGUCAUUUAUGAAAAAAAUAACUCGUAUCCGGAAUUUUUAAUCGAAUACGUUCGAGAAUAAAUGAAUAAAUGCUUUUUGUUUAUAUAUUAACUUAUUUACUUUAUUCGGCUUAGUCUGUUUCAGUGUUACAAUUUUG